AUGUCCUCAUAUGGAAGCAAAAUAGCUGGUGGUGAUCGCUAUGUAACAGCUCCUCCAGAUAUCUAUGGUAAAGGUGACGGUUUUGGUUAUGAUUCUGCGAAACCACAAACCUUAGCACCACCACAGCCACCGCCACUGCCGCCUCCGUCACCUCCAAGCUACUAUUUCCCAGCUCCACUGCCUUCGUCUCAAGGAAUGUAUCCGCAGGCUUGGCAAGAGCCUUCAGUGGGUCCAGCAUCUGGACUGCCACCUCCACCACUUCCUCCGCCACCAUCACCUUAUUCGUCUUCACAGCCAGAAUACCCACCUUCACCGAUGGUCUCAAAAUACUCACAAUCUUCACCAUCCGGGGCACCAAUUAGGAUCAUGGAAACAGAUGGAAGUGGAUCUCAGUUUAAAUAUGGAAAAAAGUACAAAUGGAUGAAAUUGCGACGAUUUGUUGUGAGACGACGAUUGGCACUGGGGACUGGUGAUUAUAUGCUGAAGAAGGUGAACGUAGCACUCGUUCCGUUGUAUUGUGUGGUAACGAAGGUGGAAGUGAAGAUGGCAGACUAUGGUGGUCGGCAGUUGGCGGACUACAAAGUUGCAGAUGUGCAGGAUGCGGAAAAAUUCGGGAGCUACCAACUUGUGGACGCAUCUGCACCUGAUAUUCUGCAGAAGAAAAUCGCAUUUUAA